CAGUGGGGUGGAGCGGACUGGAAUGGAGCGGAGUGCUGUGAAUAUGAUUGUAGAGCCAGUUUGGUCGGAGAUGGACAAUGGCUCUUUCCCGAGGUCUGAGAUGCUGUGCCCGGGUGUUUUCCUGGAUACCUGUCCUCAUAAUCACCUCCGUGGUGCUGUGGUCCUACUACGCCUAUGUGUUUGAGCUAUGUGUAUUCACUAUCAGCAACACAUUGGAGAAGGUGGCCUACCUACUGGUGUUCCAUGUGUGUUUUGUGAUGUUCUCCUGGACCUAUUGGAAGGCCAUCUUCACUCCUCCUGCCACACCCUGCAAGAAGUUCCAGCUGUCGUACUCCGACAAGGACCGUUAUGAGAGGGAGGAGAGGCCUGAUGCUCAGAAACAGAUUCUGGUGGACAUCGCUAAGAGUCUCCCCAUCUUCACUAGAGCUACGUCUGGAGCUAUCAGGUUCUGUGACCGGUGCCAGGUGCUGAAGCCUGACCGCAGUCACCAUUGCUCUGUAUGUGAAACGUGUGUUCUGAAGAUGGAUCAUCACUGUCCGUGGGUGAAUAACUGUGUGGGGUUCUCCAACUACAAGUUCUUCCUCCUCUUCCUGUCCUACUCCAUGGUCUACUGUGUGUUCAUCUCUGCCUCAGUCUUCAGAUUCUUCAUCAACUUCUGGGUGGGGGACCUGCCAAAUGGACCCGCUAAGUUCCACGUUCUCUUCCUGAUGUUUGUGGCUUUGAUGUUCUUGGUCAGUCUCAUGUUCCUGUUGGGUUACCACUGCUGGCUGGUCGUCCAGAACCGGUCCACACUAGAGGCGUUCUCUGCUCCAGUCUUCACGACAGGACCAGACCGUAAUGGUUUCAACGUGGGGAUCAGGAGGAACCUGCAGCAGGUGUUUGGAGACAAUAAGAGACUCUGGUUCCUGCCUAUCUGCACCAGCCAAGGAGAUGGCCACUACUUCCCUCUGAAGAGUCUGAGUGAAUCCUCAACCUCUCUAUUAGCCAAUGAGGAGAAAUGGGAUGAGGAAGAGGAGUCAGAGGACGACAACAUAAGUGGUGACAGGGAUCCCUCUGUUACCGUAGAGAUGGACGAAGAGGAGUAGGAUCACUUUAUGGACUUUAUAAACGGUGCAGUGGGUGUUGUACCCUGAGGAGGCAGACAGACCCUGAGGAGGCAGACAGACGUUGUGGGACCAUCGGACACAGGAAGACCUCGGCGUGCAGCCAAAACGUUCUUAGACGUCACCUUCUCAACAUCAGGAAGAGUUUUCAGUUCACCGUGGAGGAAGGACAAUGUUAGGGGAACAGAAGUCAACUAAUAUUAUGUCACAGUACACAAUUGUUUUAAGAGAAAGACCAUGUCUAGCACUGUCUCCUUACUUCUGUUGUCUCUCUACUUCUGUUGUCUCUCUCUGUCUCUCUACUUCUGUUGUCUCUCUCUGUCUCUCUACUUCUGUUGUCUCUCUCUGUCUCCUUACUUCUGUUGUCUCUCUCUGUCUCCUUACUUCUGUUGUCUCUCUCUGUCUCCUUACUUAUGUUGUCUCUCUCUGUCUCCUUACUUCUGUUGUCUUAUUGUGUCUUAUAUAGUACUAGGCUACUAGCUAGCUUUUCAUUUCUCGUCUGUUUUUUUGCCCGUAUUUUGUUAAUGUAAAUAGCUUUGUGAUUUACAUCUUUAAAUGAAAAGAGCUCUAUAAAUGUAAUGUAUUAUCAUUAUUCCAUUUGCAGGGCCCUUAAGGCCCAAUCAGAAUGGAGAAAGCCCAUUAAAACCACAUGUAUUUGUUGUCA